AUCAAUGCGGAAGCAGCUUUGAAUGGUGACAGCGCUAACUGGUAUCAGUGUUUGUAUUUGUAAUUACGGCUACAAAUAUCGAACACAAAGACAUAUAACUAAAAACCAACACGUGUAGCUUUGUAACGUGCAGUUUGACGGAGCCUCCAUUUGAAAUGUGAACUCAUGGCUUCCCAUCUUUCCCUGUUUGUUGAUGAACUGGUGCUAGCUCGCAGGUGAAAUCACUCUCACCAACUUACUCGUUUCAUGAAAGACUCCAGCAGCCGGCAAAAUGAAAGUCCGCUCGUCUGUUUUCGCCUCGUUCAUCUUGAUAUUCGAAGUGAUCGGCUUCGCUCUCUUCCUGCGGGGAUUCUUCCCUGUGCCCGUCAAGUCGUCUCUGUCAUCCAAGAACAAACUGUCAGAUCUGCCCGCGGAGCCGCUGUCAGGGAGCUCUCCUAACUCCUCUCGCCUGCCCCAGCCUCUGUUUAAGCGGGUGGUGAUAAUGCUGGUGGAUGCCCUGCGGGAGGACUUUGUGUUCGGACCCAAUGGUCGCAUGUACAUGCCUUACACCAGGCAUGUGGUGGAGAGGAGCUCAUCACACAGUUUUGUGGCCAAGGCAAAACCCCCCACAGUCACCAUGCCCAGGAUCAAGGCUAUCACCACUGGCACUAUCCCAGGCUUCAUUGAUGUGGUAAUGAACCUAAAUUCUCCUGCCCUGCUGGAAGACAACCUCAUUUGGCAGGCCAAAGCAGCAGGGAAGAGGAUAGUUUUCUACGGAGAUGACACCUGGGUCCGCCUCUUCCCCAAACACUUCAUGGAGUACGACGGCACCACCUCCUUCUUUGUGUCCGACUACACUGAGGUUGACAACAACGUGACGCGUCAUUUGGAUAGCACCCUGAAGAGAGAUGACUGGGACAUUUUGAUCCUCCACUACUUGGGCCUGGACCACAUCGGUCACAUCAGCGGACCCCACAGUUCACUCAUCCAGCCCAAACUGCUGGAGAUGGAUGACAUCCUGAAGAAGAUUCACGGUGCCCUCAUUUCCAAGGAAGCAGAGGGAUCUCUGCCCUACCUGCUGGUGCUGUGUGGGGACCACGGCAUGUCGGAGACCGGCAGCCACGGAGGGUCCUCAGAGCCAGAAAUCAACACACCCCUGGUGCUCAUAAGUCCGGCCUUCAAAAGAAAAGUGGGAAUGGAGAAGCCCGAAGUGGUCGAGCAGGUUGACCUGACCCCGACCCUGGCCCUGGGGCUCGGCCUGCCCAUAUCUCAAAACAGCGUGGGCCGCGUCAUCCCAGGUGUCCUCGAAGAAACCUCACUCAGAGACCAGCUGCGCUUUCUGCAUCUCAAUGGCCACCAGCUCAGCUGCCUGCUUAAAGACAGCACGCCCAACUAUGAGAAAGAGGCUGGCUUUGAGCAGUUCCGUGUGGCAGAAAAGGCUCAUGGGAGCUGGAUGAAGCUCUACCUAGAGGGAAACACCUCCGAGGUUCUGACCAAUAUGGGGAAAAAGGUCCUAAAGCAGUACCUGGACGCCCUGGCCUCCAUGAGCUCGGCUCUCGGCAAGCAGCUGGGCAAGUACGACAUGUACUCCAUGAUCGUAGGCAUGGUCUUUGUAUUCCAGCUCCUGUUGGUCUUACUGCUGGCAAUGCCUGAAGCCCUCAGCGGUGCAGCAGCAGUGGACCUCCCAGUCCUUUCAUCCCUGCUCUCCCUGCCUUUCUACCUCUUGUGCCUGCUGCUCUCCUCAGUUCACGUCUUGGUGUGCACAUCUGCCGAGAGCUCCUGCUACUUCUGCAGCCUCUCCUGGGGUCUCGUGUUUGUUGCUGUUGCCUUCUCCUCUGCGAUGUUUUGUAUUCUGAUCUCCAUGGUAACACGCCGUCUCCUCCAGGGGACAAAGAUUCACGGGAAGUCUCCACUGAGGAGCAGCGGCAGUGAGUGGUCACUCUCGGAGCUGGAUGUGUUGCUGCUGGCGGGCACCAUUGGACACACUCUCGGCUUGGCGGCCAGCAGCUUCGUAGAGGAAGAGCACCAAACCUGGUACUUUCUGCUCAGCACCCUCUGCCUCGCCAUCUUCCAGGAUGUGUGCCGCAAGUACUUCAGAGAGCAGAGUGGCUCGAGAGAUGAGGAAGAGCUUAUCCUGCCUUCCAAGGACGGUCACCCCUCUGCUCACCCUAAGGCAGGGAUGUACUCCGAGAAGUGGUUAGCAUUAGCCACGCCGCCCUUCACUCUGCUCUGCUGCCGGCUGCUGCGCUCGCUCAACCAGACCGGGGUACAAUGGGCUCAUCUUCCUGAUGUUGGACAUUGGCUUAACAGCUCUGAACACAAGGUGGUUAUCUCCCUGCUGGCUGCUUUCUGUUUGGUUCUUAUCUACCUCCUGGUUCAAAGACGGUGCUCAUGGGUCUCCAAGAUCGCCCUCGCUCUCGGACUUCUGGGCGUCUACAGCUACCGGGCAGCUGUCGGCAACGUCUUGUUUCCCUGGCAACAUUCUGGCCGUACCCCAUCCAAGGGAACAGUGGAGGCCCGCUUUGUUUAUGUCUUCGUUUUGGGCAUCCUCUUCACGGGCACCAAGGACCUGCUGCGCUCCCAAAUCAUCACAGCAGAUGCCAAACUGAAGAGCAGGGGAUUGUGGGAGAUUUACAGCGGCUUGGUUUUGCUGGUCACGCUGCUGUUCCGUGCCCACAACAUGCCCGUGCUGUGCUGCUGCCUGUUGAUCCAGACACUCAUGGCUCAGUUCAUCUGGAAGAAGCUCCACUACGACGCAGCCCAGACCACCAUCAUGCACUACUGGUUCGGCCAGGCCUUCUUUUACUUUCAGGGCAAUUCCAACAACAUUGCCACCGUCGACAUUUCCGUCGGAUUCAUCGGACUGGAAAGUUACGUGGAGGCACCUGCCAUCUUCUUAACGGCCCUCAGCACUUAUGCGGGGCCCGUGCUCUGGGCAUGUCACCUGGUCUGCUACCUCAGCUCAGCGAGAGGCCGGAGCCCGGUUGCAGUCGGCCACGGUUGCUACUGCUUGGCCCUGCUGAGGUCUGUGCCUGCUGCAGCCUACAUUGUGCUGGUGACUGUUCUGCGCUACCAUCUCUUCAUAUGGAGCGUCUUUUCGCCCAAAUUACUGUACGAGUCCAUGCACCUGCUGCUGACUGCAGGGAUCUGUCUCUUCUUCAACACGAUGGAGCAGAGCCACAGCUCCGGUACGUCAUAGGCAGAAAGGCUGAUCGUCCAUGAAGGGAAUCUCUGGAGUCGAAGGGUCAGAUACAGUCUCUUGAUUAUGUGUGUAAGAACCGCUAAUAAAGACUGAUGCACACUGGAGCAUGCUUAUCCUCACUCUGUAGUGUACUCGUCUGUUCACAGUAUGUGAGCAGAUGCCUCUGAAACAGUCCAUCAUCCGGACUCUGUACGUCUGCUUUGCAAAAAAUACUUUGAGAAUGCUCUUACAAUGUACUUUUGAGCAGUUUAUUUAAUAUUUAAUACUUUCCAAGGAGAAAAAAUGUUUGUGGAUGAAUAAAAAGUGGAAUGGUGUAAAUAUGCUUUUUGAAGUAGCAUAACUUUUUUGAUACAUACAGGGUGUGACCUCAGGGACUGGUGUACAGUGAGUAGCAGUGAUGCAGAGUUUAAUGUUUUGGCUCCAUGGGUUCAACAUCAGUGCAGAAGCUUGUGUGUUUAUGUUGAACAGAGUGUGAACAUGAUGUUUACAGAGCUGAACUCUGCUGAACAAUUGUUGUAUAGAUCAUCAAACAGGGAAAGCAGAAGUAUUAAUAACAUGGUAAAUGGACUAUUUAUACAACACUACUCCUGUCUUAUGGACCUCUCUAAGCCAUUUUACAGUUCACAUUCACCCAUUCAUGCACGCACUCAAACAGAGCUCCUACAUGCAUCAUAUCUUUUUCUAUCACACACCAUUCGUACACUGUCAGCCCAGCUGUCAGGAGCAAUUUCUGGGGUUUGGUAUCUUGCCCAAGGACACAAUGAAAUGUGGACUAGAAGAGCCGGAGUUCAAUCCCCCCCCGUCCAACGUUAGUGGACGACCUGCUCUACCCCCUGAGCCACAGCCGUCCAAUAACUAAAUUAAUGAUGGCUGAAUUCCGUUUAGCUGCUUCAGUUUCAGGGUCAUAGUUUUACUGUCACAUCUAAGACAUUACAGCCCUUGUUAAUAUUCACACCUUUGAUUUUCAUAAACGUGAGCAUGUGUGCUGUCGACUUUUGGCCUAUUGACUGAUCAUAGAGGACUAUGUUGUCAGUAGUGUGAGGGGGAUGUCGGUCAAACACAGACUGUACCUGCCCACACAGUUAAAGGAUGAUGUAAAGGCUGUUGUCUGAGAUAUUUUCACAUCAGAUGAGUAGUUACAACUCAGACUUCUUGUUCAUAGACUGAGAAAAUGGCUGGACGAUAAAGAAAAUGCAUCAAAUUACCAAUAUUGUUAAACUCAUGCCAAUCUCAGAGCCCAUCGGCUAUUGUCUGACAACGAAUUAGCUUCUGAGGCCAACGGCUUCUGGUGUGGACAUCAGCCUUCUGGGCCAAGUCUUCAGUUCUGUGUACACUGUUUACAGUCCGACCAGUUUCUGUUAUCACACAAAACACCGUGACACUUUUUAAAGGUGUGUUCGGUCAAGUCGACAUUUUGGCUUAUCUCUAUCAACAGCUAUCUGCUUAUAUAUGCAGAUAAAUUAAAAAGCAGAUAGCCGAUGCAUUUCGGUCAAUGUGCUCCGCCUCCUUUGCUCUCUUCGUGGACUGUUUACCUGUGAGCAACCAAAGUCCGCUCAAACAUAAUUGGUCAAACUAGAAACAAAAACCAGAAGGAUUCCAACCCCAAAAUCCUCGCCCACAGAUGCUGCAUGUUCACAUCUAGAAUCUGUUUAUUGAAAUGGAUCUCAUGCUCACCUAAAUUUAUACAAAACACAAUUUCCCAGUAACUAAAUGAUCUGUCUCCAAUAUAGUCAUCAGUUCUCUGGACAUCUCCAGAAUCUUAAACCUCAAAAGGUACCAGGUGAAAAGGAAAUAUCAUAUUUGUACUAUUAUAAACUGCAGCACAUGUUGUACAGUUCUAAUUCAUAUUUCAGUCAGUAGCAAUAUUAUUUUCUUGGCCAACAUUUCUACACAUGAUAGUAAUAAUAAAGUCGAGGCCCAUUAAGAAGACCUGACACACUUUUCCUGACACACAGCCUGUUUUAUUUCAGUGUAUCUCAAUGAGGAUUUAGCUGUGGGGAUGUCAGGCACAGAAUCUGUGUAACGCAGCAUGUAGGACACACUUAAUGAAAUUGGCAUGAAUACCCAGUUAACAUGGUGGUGUCAGUUCUUUGCCAUAAAUAUAUUCAAUGUAUAUUUUUCUCCUCAUUACAUUUUCUACUCAGUCUACUGAGGUAGUUUAAAUUCACAAACACUGAGCUCGGUGUUAUCAACAGCCAUCAUUCAUCUGCACCACAGCUUCAAGAAGAUGUGGAAAAAUGAAGUGCACUUUCCUUCCGUUUUUGUAUUUAUUGAGUUCCCACAUUGUUGUGGAGGAGAUAGAGUUUGAAAACGAAAGAACAGCUAAAAUUAUUCUAGCUGGAUGACCUCAAGGUUUUGCUAAAGGCACACAAUUUCCUUUUUUUAAUUUGCUCCCCUUAUCCGGCUGAAUCCUCCUGUAUAUACAUUACAAUUUUCAUUGUGCAAGUCAUAUAACUUCCAGAGUCUGGCACUGCACUGCAGAGUUAUGCACUUCUCCAACUUCUACUCAAUCCGUUCCUUCAAUAUCACUGAGAAUACUACCAAAGUAAAGUUGGAAAGUUGGCGAUCGUCCAAAGUAAUAAGAGUAUGGAGCCAGAACAGCAAACAGUGUGCUGCUGUCCAAGUACUUAUGGAGCUCACUGUAUUAUUACGGACUGCUGGGACUUGAAAUUUUGGCCUGAUCAAACUUUUUAAUGUCAUUGACCCUCGGAUCAUGUUUGUCUUGUGUCAUAGUGUUGCCAUCUCCCACAUGCAGGACCACAGAGCUAAGACUUCCACUGUAGCCGUCAUUUUGUCAGGUUGCCUGUGUCUGUGAUGUCACUGAACAGCUGUGACGACUUCAAAGCUCCUUUCUCAUCAUUACCUGGCAGUCCUUGGCUCUGAGAAAACAGGUUUAAAGAUAUAGUGUUCAAGCCACAGUGAGCAACUUUUCACCUCCAGGCAGUAAAAUGAAUCGUAAGUUCCCACCCCAAAAACUUGUCACUCACCUUGAUGAGCUGUCUGCCUUGAAACGGCAACUCACCCAAGGCUAAGAUCACGGACGUUCCCUCAAGUCGCCAUGGGCGUCGGAGAUGCAGAUGGCAAAACUGAGGAAAGGGGGAAAACACAGCAAUGCUGGUGUUUGGUGUGUUAUUGAAUAGAGUUUGUGCUUUGAGACGAGUCUGACUCUUUAUUUUACUGCCAUCGAAGUUGUUGCUGUGAGUCACCUUGACAGGGACAGGGAGCCGCAACGCUGACUACACCCAGAGAGAAUGGAAUUUAAAUGUCCUGAACAACAUUGAAAAGUUAGACAAACAAGAGGAUUUACAUUUGAAUAGACUGACAGACAUUCGCUGCAUAUGGAUCACAGCAUGUUUACUGGUUUGCAUCAGAAGCAGGACACGUUUAGCUUUCAGGUUUUCCGGCUCAACAUCAUGUUAUUCCUUUUCUGAACCGGUAGCACACUGUCACAGCACACAGGCUUCAAACAAAGGCUGAUGGAAGUAGUUGAUGAAGCAGAUAAUAAUCUACAUCGCUCAUGAGGAUUGUUCCAUCAGUGAUCAGUAUGCUUCAUAUCACUUUGCCUGUCCUACAACAAUCACAGUGUCUCAGUAUUAAGGAAUAGUUUGACAUUUUCCAGGAAACCAGAAGAGGCUUCAGGAAGUAGAUGUGCCCGGUCAGGAAAUAGUCCAGGGCAGAACAAUAUCCUUAUAUAGUUUAUAACAGUAAUAAUAUGUAAUAUCAUCAGAGUGGUUAUCUUUUUUCAGGGUCUAUCAUUAGUUUGUUGAUUUUCAAGUUUGUAGGAGACUUUCUUUUUUCCAUUCAUAGAUUUCGAUCUGUUCAUCAUAAACAAACCAGAAAUGUAAAAGCUUCACUUCUUGAAAGACUCAAAAGAUACUGUGUAAAUAUGGAACCUCAUGAAAUGGCUAUAGAUUGAGCCAGUGGAGAGUUUUAUUGACCCUAAAACAGUUUUAAAAUUUGAGUUCAUUCUUUUUCCAAAACCUCCUCUGCAUCCUCUGUUAAACCCGUCGGCACCGGUGCAAGACCAAGCCUCAGAACCGCUUCUCACAAAUCUGAUGGGACUGCUCUUUUUGUGUGGAAUCAUUCCUCUGUAUCCAAAUAGCCAACAGCCCAUGAAAUGGAUCAGAAUAAUUGUAGUGUCCACAUGGUUGAAGGUUUCAUAGCAUGUGUUAGUAAUACAGUUGUACAUCACAGGACGAGAGGACUGAUGUCUAAUUACUCUCCCAAUGUUUUAACAUCCUUACAUCAUAAGAGACAAUCGUCUUCAGAACACUUUUGUUGAUUAGAUUCUGUGUCACUGUUAUCAAACCUUACCCAACCCUGCUUCUUGUCAAACCAAACCUUUAUAACAACCUGUAGGAGUUUAAGUAGUCUUGAUUUCAUUGUUUUUGCAGCGAGGAAACAAACUGUUCUAAUUUAUGUUUCUGUUGAUGGCUACAAUGUGUGGAUUUACCUGAUCACAUCCGUUUUGUUUUGUAUGUAGUUUAUAUGAACUAUACAAUGUGUUUGUAUUGAGUCUCUUUCUGUGAUUCUUUUUGCCAUAUGUGCUGAACCUUUUUUUCUGAUUUUCUCUAUUUCACUGAGCAGGGUUUUCUUUCGCUUCCUUCGUUUUUGUUGCAAAGCUCUGCAACACCUGUGAAAUGAAAACAAGUGAAAGAUGACAAAUACCAAAAUGAUUUUUUUAGUCACUUUUGCAAUAUUGGUUUCUAAUGAUGAAAUAAAUGAUUUACUCUAUUGUAUCAUUUUAA